CCCACUCUACAGGAAGAUAACCUGACCGAAAGUCGACUUGGCAACAUGAAAUCGCUACAGACCGAAGGCAAACUUUAAUGACAAGCAUAUCACCGGUCGAACUGCAUCGACAGAAAGUCUGAAAACGUCUCAUUUGUCUGAACUCUAGCUGUAGCGCUUGUUUGAGUUUUCUGCUGCUUUUAUAGCUUAACGGUUGCUGUCUGGUUUAUAGCUCGCUUGGUUAGCUUGUUGGCUUACUUUAACCUCCCUUCGCGUCAAGACUCUCAGCUGGUCCGGUUGCACAAGUUAGUGUGGCGAGUCAUUUUUAACAUUUCACCAUGGGAUCCAGGGCGUCUACGUUACUUCGAGAAGAGGAAAUUGAAGAAAUUAAAAAGGAGACUGGCUUCUCCCACAGUCAGAUCACUCGACUGUACAGCCGCUUCACCAGUCUGGAUAAAGGGGAAAACGGUACCCUCAGUCGGGAAGAUUUCCAGAGGAUCCCUGAGUUAGCCAUAAAUCCUCUAGGAGACAGAAUAAUCAAUGCCUUCUUUCCUGAGGGAGAGGACCAGGUGAACUUCAGGGGCUUCAUGCGCACUUUGGCUCACUUCAGACCAAUCGAGGACAACGAGAAGAACAAGAACCCCCCUGCAACUGAGCCACUCAACAGCAGGACAAACAAGCUGCUCUUUGCUUUCCGUCUGUACGACCUGGACAGAGAUGACAAAAUCUCUCGGGAUGAGUUGCUGCAGGUUUUGCGGAUGAUGGUUGGUGUGAACAUUUCAGAUGAACAGCUUGGCAGCAUCGCUGAUAGGACCAUCCAGGAGGCUGACACAAAUGGAGACAGCUGUAUUUCCUUCAGUGAAUUUAUGAAGGUCUUGGAAAAGGUGGACGUGGAACAGAAAAUGAGUAUCCGGUUCCUGCAUUAAGUUUAAUUUUUUUACUUUCUGAGUAGAGCUUGAACUUUUCUGUUAAAGUCGGGACACAACCUCAUCCAGCUUUUAUUGGGCUUCUGUGGCCCGCACUAGUACCCGCUGUCCGACUGAGCAUUUGGUAGAUAAAGUCUUAGAUUCUGAGUUUCUGCAUUUGCACUGCUCUGUAAACAAAGGGAAAAGGUGUGUGCCUUGGGCUGUUUUAUGCAAUGUCAUUAUGUUUAUUUUCCCAUUAAUCCAACAUUAUUUAUUAGAAAACAUUUUGAGGGUCAUAGGAAUACCAUUCCUCUUCUGUUUAUCACGUGGGAAAAUGAUUUUUGAAAUGCGGUACUAAAGAGCUUUUCUGUAAAGAGUAAGUUUAUUUCACAUUUACUCAUGCUCUUCUACUCGGCACACGUGUCUUUGUCUGAAUGAACAUAAACAUUGUUUAUACUGUUAGAUGUGCGAUUCCACUUCAGAGAAGUCAGUGUUUUGUUUAAUGCUAACGGGGAUGUUCUGAAUCCUUCUCUGAACUCUGGUGGAACAAGUCCAAGCAUGCAGCUGUAAGUUGGUCAGCUGAAGCAAAGCAGAAGCCACUCCACGAAUAAAUGUUUGACUGACUGAAGAAGUGCCGUGGCUUUGGUUCAGCUUAGUCUCAACAGUAAUCAAGAACCUAUAGCCUUGUUUGUGCUUUUUUUUCAUUUGGAUUAACCUACCAACUAUUAAUCCAUAAUGAUAGCUGCAAUCGGUUUUAACUGUUGGACUUAAACUAAGUAAAUUUGACCCCCUUUUGAAUCUGGGGCUCAUUGGAGCCACUGCACUUUGUAAAGUCUUCAUGGAGAGUUUAUCAUGUCAGUAGCUGUGCCAACAGACACCCAGACUAGUGUUAGCAAGAUUAAGCUGCCACAAUAACCUGCCUUUAUGAUUUUGUUAAAUAAUUUUAGGAUUAAAUAAAAGCCUGGCUAUGAGUUUUUGAUCCUGUGGUGGAAAAUCAGUAGUGAAACACUAAGUUUUUAUAUUUGGAUCAGCUUCAUGUAACCUGGUGUGCUUGUAUCUCUGUGAUGAAUGUCACUGUGGGUAAGAAAAAUGUCGAUUUUAGCACUGCUAGGUAUUUGUCCUGUAAUGCAUUUCCCCACUGACUAGCUCUAAAUGCUUAAGAGAAUAAAAAGCUUAGGGAAGAUGUAUCCCAUAAUGGCUAGUGUACAUGAACCAGAGCAUAGAUGUCUGACCCCUUUCAAUCUUUAAUGUCAGUUUGUUAAAUCAUUACACCCUCCACAACCAAGUGCAGGAAAAAAUGAUCAACCAUUUUGAUAAUCAUUAUAUGAUGAUAGGUCAUAUGAUUCAUGUAUUAUGUGAUGUUGGUCUAAGUCUCAAUCAUUAAUUUGAUUUGAAUAAAUUAAGUGCCAUGCA